AUGUACCAUGUGCCCGUCGCUUGUUGCAAUGAUGACCUUCUCAAUUUGGACCUGAAUGGCAUUCUGGUGCCUGGAGAUAUUCUAAUAGGGGUGGUAAUUCCAAUUCACAUUGCCAGCCUGUCUUCUAUGGUCACCUUUCAAGAAAGUCCAUCUCCAGAUAUCUGUAUAAUGUUCCUUAUUGAAUUCUAUCAGCACUUCCAGGCCUUAAGGUUUGCAGUGGAGGAGAUCAACAAAAAUCCUGUCCUCCUUCCAAACAGGACCAUGGGCUUUUAUGUCUAUGACUCUUGUGCUGCUCUUCGAAGAGAGAUAGAGGGAACACUUUGGAUGCUGACUGGCCAGAGUCAGGCAAUACCAAAUUAUUGCUGCAGAAAACAUCCUCCUUUGGCUGCCAUCAUCGGCCACUCAAAGUCCACUUAUUCCAUCCUCAUGGCUCACAUCCUAGGAUUGUUCAAAUUUCCACAGAUCAGCUACUAUUCAACCAGCUCUCUCUUGAGCGACAGAACGCGUUUCCCCUCCUUUUUCAGAACCGUCCCAAGUGAUUCCUUUCAGUUCAAGGGACUGGCAAAGUUAGUGUUGCAUUUCAAGUGGACAUGGGUGGGGCUGAUAGCUACUAAUGAUGAUUAUGGUAAUGAGGCAAUAAAGAUCAUCACUCAGGAAAUAGUAAAGGAGGAAGCAUGUGUUGCCUACACAGUAUACAUCACAUACAAUCCUGUCUCCGAAACAAUAACAAACAUUGUAAAUAUUAUAAAGGAGUCAAGUGCAAAUGUGGUUAUAGCCAUCUCAGUAGAUGUUUACUUAGCUCCACUUCUGGAUGAGAUGAUUAAACAGAAUGUAACUGGGAAGAAUUUUGUUGCCAGUGAAGCUUGGUCCAUUUCAAACCUUUUAUCAGCAGCAAAAUACUCCCCUAUUCUCUUUGGAACUAUUGGUUUUGCUUUUCAAAGCUCAAAAAUCCCAGGACUUCAGGAAUAUCUAAAUUCCAUUAAUCCCUUCAACACCCCAGGUCUAACAUGGGCACAGAUGCUCUGGGAAGAAAGUUUUAAUUGUACGUUUUCUGUCCUGACCAACCAAACUAUGGUCAUGAACAAUUUAAAAAACACAUGCUCAGGAGAGGAAAGUCUAGGAGGCAUUCAUAAUGGCUAUAAUGAUGUGUCCACAUUAAGAACUUCCUACAAUAUCUAUACCGCAGUUCAUGUGAUAGCAAAAGCUCUGCAUGACCUCAGUCAAUGCCAGUUCUUGAAUGGACCAUUAUUUGGAGAGAAAUGUUCACAAAUAGAACAUUUCAAACCAUAUCAGCUACUGUAUUAUUUUAAGAAUGUCCAUUUAAAGCUAAGCAACAAUAGGGAUAUUUUCUUUGAUAAGGAUGGAAACCCACCAGCUGUAUAUGAUAUAGUCAACUGGCAGUCUGGGUUGCAUGAUACCAUGAAGCAGGUGAAAGUUGGAAGCUAUGACACUCUGAAUUCUUCUGUUGACGUAUUUAUCCUUAAUACAAGCUUAUUAUGGUGGGGGGAAGUAUAUCAGGAGGCUCCACUCUCUGUCUGCAGUCAGAGUUGCCAAGUGGGCUUUAAGAAAUUAGUAAAAAGAGGAAAGCACAUGUGCUGCUUUCAGUGUGUUCCAUGUACCCAGGCAGAGAUUUCCAAUCAGACAGAUUCCAUUGAGUGUUGGAAGUGCCCUUGGGACAUGUGGCCCAACAGUGCAAGAGACAAAUGCUUUCCUAAACCCAUUGAGUUUCUUUCUUAUGAGGAUCCCCUGGGAUUUUCCCUAGCAGCUACCAUUGCUUUCUCCUGUAUAGUCCCAAUUUCCAUCUUUUAUCUUUUUAUUCAGUAUAAAUCUACCCCUAUUGUGAGAGCCAACAAUUAUUAUGUGAGUUGUAUUCUCUUAGUAUCUCUAUGGUUCUGCUUCCUCUGUGCUUUGGCUUUCAUUGGUUACCCCCAACCUGAGAAGUGUCUUCUACGUCAGGCUGCAUUUGGCCUCAUCUUUGCCCUCUGUGUAUCCUGCAUUUUGGCCAAAACUAUUAUUGUUGUUUUUGCCUUCAUGGCCACUAAACCUGGGAGCAGCCUCAAAAAAUGGACAACUCCACGAGUGCCCUACAUGAUUAUUACUAUCUGUACCCUUGCCCAAUUCAUUCUAUGUUUAAUUUGGUUGUCUGUCUCCCCUCCUUUCCAACAAUACAAUAUUGAAGCCAAACUUGGAAUCAUUGUUGUAGAAUGCAAUGAAAAUUCUCAAUUUGCCUUCUGGUGCAUGCUGGGAUAUCUUGGAGUCUUAGCCUCUGUCAGUUUCACUGUAGCUUUUCUGGCCAGGAGACUCCCUGACAAUUUCAAUGAGGCCAAAUUAAUAACAUUCAGUAUGUUGGCCUUCCUCAGUGUCUGGGUGUACUUUAUUCCAGCCUCUCUCAGUGCACAGGGCAAAUAUAUUGUUUCCAUGGAGAUCUUUGCAAUCUUGAUUUCCAGUUGGGCCCUGGUGGCCUGCAUGUUCUUCCCAAAAUGUUUUAUUAUAUUGUUCAGACCCGACAAGAACUCCAGAGAAAAUCUAAUGGGGAACAGGAGAAGGAAAUAA